AUGAAUGAGAAUGCUGCAGCUGACAAGCUAAAUCAAGAGGAACAUAAAGCUAAGGCUAUUGAUAUAUUCAACACUCAUCAUCCACUCCUCUCUCAGUCUCUCUCUGAUCCUCUCAGUGUAGCUAUUAUGUUUCAAAGAGAGGGUGUCAUAACAGGACAAGUAUUAGAUACUGUUGUAUCGGCUAGUCCCUCUGUUUCCGAUCAAUGUGAAGUCCUGUUAGCUGCCAUUAUAGUAGCUAUUGAAAGCAAGUAUAGUUUACUACAAACAUUUGCUAGUGUGUUGUGCAAGUUCACUGGUAAUGUAAAACUAGGAACAGUUAUACAAAAAGACUAUGAUAAAACAUUUAAUGAUAAUACACAGGUGAUAUCCGAUGAUGAAGCUCAAGAAUCUUCUGAUUCCAAUAAAUCGACAACUACUAAUGUUGCUCCUCUUUACAUUCCACAAUAUAAAAGUCAAGAUUUUGAUGUGCUUUUUGCAAAAUUUGCUAAAAUGUUUUCUAAUGUUCGCAAAGUUAUUGUUAAAUGUCCUCCUCGUUUAGAAGAUCUUAAGAUGUUCAUUGAAGAUUUUAACUCUGACCUUGAAGCAGAAUUGAGUGUGAUUAGUAAUCUUCAAGGUAUUAUGCGUCUGAUUAGAAAAAAUUGCAGUCUCAUUAAUAUUGUGAUCCUUGAAGCUGUUGUUGAGCACUUUGAGAUUGAUGAUGCUCAGAAAUACAUUGACGAUUACAAGAGGGAAAUUGAUGAAUCGUGUCGUAAUUUAUCAGUUGAUCUGUGCUUGAAUGAGCCGUUUGAUGUAGUUAGGGCCAGUCCUCCUCUUAAAUGUGAAUCCAUCUCUUAUGUACUUGGAUGGGAAGCUACUGAGCAUAAACUAAAGGAUGUUACAGAUAUCGUAUCUAAAUCUUCCGGUAAAUUUGUGAAACUGGUUGACAUCAAAAGCACUCAAUCCAUCACCAUCACUUGCUCCUUCCCUCACUCUCUCACUGGAGCUCUCAUUAUAAAAUUGAGUGAAAAUCUUGAAUUAUUAAUAAAAAAUGGUCUAAUGAAGCUUACUGUUGGAUACUGCACAAUAUGGAAGAAACAGAAGAUACAAGAAAUACAGGAACCACUGGAAGAGGAAGUACAGGAGAUAAAGGAACAACCUCAUGAUACAAAGGAAGAGAGAGUAGCAAGACUGGAGGAGAAAGAAACAGAAGGAGCAACACCUCAAUCAGUAAUUAAUCAAGGUAUAAUAAUACAUUAA